AUGAUAUCGUCAGGGAUAAAUCUGGUGAUGACGGUGAUUGGGUUCGCGGUGAGCACCAUGUUCAUCGUGUUCGUGUGCACCAGGCUUGUCUGUGCUCGGAUUCACCUCAACGUUUCAAGACGCUCCUUCCCCACAGCUUCCAGAUCCGAUCUCAGUAUUCUGGAACGGGGGUUACAUGGCGUUGAACCUGUAGUAGUAGCCAACUUCCCAACAAAGAAGUUCAGUGAUGCAUUUUUUUCAGCCGUAGAAGAUGCUCAAUGCACUGUUUGCCUCGUGGAAUACCAUGGUGAUGAUGUAUUGCGGAUUCUCCCCUAUUGUGGGCACUCCUUCCAUGUGACCUGUAUAGACAUAUGGCUUCAGCAGCAUUCCACAUGUCCUGUUUGUAGAAUAUCAUUGCGCGAGUUUCCUGAGAGAAAACGGCGCAUGCAACCCUUGUUCAGUUCAGCUAUUCGAUCUCAUUAUGGUACAGAGUCCUUCAAUACCCAUUCUUAUCGCUAUAUGUUGAAUAAUCGUGGAUCAAGAACCCAUGACAGCCGUGGCAUGGACCCAAUUCAAGAAGAUAAUUUACCAUCGGAGGGUGAUGCGGCAGAUACCAGGGUGAAUGCGUCCCCCUUAACUGAGAAUAUUCAGGUUUCUAAGGACUUGGCAAACAAGCGCGUAGAAAGCCCAUCAAAUCCCUAA